AAGUAUGGUUUAGGCUCGUUGUUACCACAACAACAUAAGGAGGCACGUGUGCAGCUGGCGGCGCCUCUUACUGGCCUGCCCUUAUAUUGCCACCAUGCAGAGCGACGACAUAACAUGGAGUAUCAUCAACAAGUCCUUCUGUUCCUUCAAGAUCCAAACCAAGAGCCAGAAGUUUUGCAGAAAUGAGUUUAAUCUGACAGGCCUGUGCAGCCGCAGCUCAUGUCCAUUGGCCAACACACAGUAUGCCACUGUUCGGGAAGAAAAGGGUGUCAUUUACCUGUACAUGCGCACAGCUGAGAGAGCCUUCUUUCCUGCCAAGCAGUGGGAAAAAGUGAAGCUUUCAAGAAAUUUUGUCAAAGCUCUGCAGCAAAUUGAUGAGAAUCUUAUCUUCUGGAAAAAAUACUUCCGCCAGAAAUGUCGGCAGAGAUUACUGAAGAUAACUCAGUAUCUCACUCGCAUGAGAAAGAUCAAAUUAGGACGACAGAAGAAGUUGGUGCCUAUACAGAGGAAAGUUGACCUGCGCAUAAAGAGGCGUGAAGAAAAGGCCCUUGUUGCUGCUAGAAUUGACAAUGCCAUUGAGAAACAGCUGCUGCAGAGACUGAAGGAUGGAACUUAUGAGCGCAUCUACAACUUCCCACAAGAAGCUUUCAAUGUACGUAUAGAUGAAGAAGAGGAAGAAAGUGAAAUAGAAGAUGAGGAAGAGUAUGAAGAGGAGAAGGAGGAAGAAGUGGAGACCGAUGAGGACGUUGAAGGAGAGUUAGAGAAAGAGGCUUUGGAAGACGAGAGAAGAGAUGAAAUGGAUAGUGAUGAUGAUGAUGAUGAUGAUGAUGAUGAUGAUGGUGGUGAUGAUGAGGAUGAAGAUAGUGAAGAGGAGCAUCAGUUUGUUGCUGACUUUGAUGAGAGUGAUGAUGACUUAGAGGAUGCUGCCGAAAGGAUGGCCAUGAGCUCAGAUGGAGAUGAAUAUGAGGAAGAAGUGAAGGGAAGAAGCAUUGUGAGGAGGCAUCCAGUAAGUUUAAGAAACAUAAAGAGCAGAGGAAAGGCCAGGCUGGAGGUGGAAUAUGAGAUGCCAGAAGACUCCAGUAAAGAGAAAGUUACCACAUGAAAUUGAUGUAUAGAAUAAAGUUGAGGUUAAGUG